AGCCAAAGUGUAUGUCCCUUUUCAUGUAUGGUUCCAUGGAAGAGGUAUCUGUUGAUUGGAGAGGCAAGCCUUGCAAGGCUAACAAGCAUGGUGGCAUGUCUGCUGCUAUAUUUGUCCUUGGUCUUCAAGCAUUUGAGAUGAUGGCAGUUGCAGCUGUUGGAAACAAUUUAAUAACUUAUGUUUUUAAUGACAUGCAUUUCCCUUUAUCAAAAUCAGCUAACGUAGUCACCAAUUUUAUAGGAACUGUCUUCCUUCUUUCACUUGUUGGUGGGUUCCUUUCAGAUUCAUAUCUUGGUAGCUUUUGGACUAUGUUGGUUUUUGGAUUUGUGGAGCUCUUUGGCUUUAUAUUACUUUGCAUUCAAGCACAUGUCCCUCAAUUAAGACCACCCUAUUGUGAUAUGGUCUCUAAUGGUGAUCACUGUGAAGAAGCAAAGGGUUACAAGGCCAUAAUAUUGUUCAUUGCACUCUAUUUAGUUGCUUUAGGGAGUGGAUGCCUAAAACCCAAUAUUAUAUCCCUUGGGGCUGACCAAUUCACAAGGGAAAACACCAAGCAAUCUAAGAAGCUCUCAACUUACUUCAAUAUUGCUUACUUUGCCUUUUGCAUGGGGGAGCUAAUUGCACUCACUCUUCUUGUUUGGGUCCAAACUCAUUCCGGGAUGGAUGUCGGUUUCGGUAUAUCGGCUGCCGUGAUGGGGAUCGGGGUGAUCAGCUUGGCUUCGGGUACGGUCUUGUAUCGAAACAAACCACCAAGAGGAAGUAUUUUCACUCCAAUUGCUCAGGUUCUUGUUGCUGCAAUAACAAAAAGAAAGCAAAUAUGUCCUUCAAGUGUUGAGAUGCUCAAUGUAAGCCGAAACAAUGGACCGAACCAAGUCUUCGAUACAUCGUUCAACACCGAGAACCUUCUUCAUACUAAUAAAUUUAAAUUCCUUGAUAAGGCAUGUAUUAGAACCCAAGACGGUAAAAAUGAGAGUCCAUGGAGACUAUGCACUGUGAGCCAAGUGGAGCAAGUGAAGAUAAUCAUAUCAGUUGUUCCCAUAUUUGCUUGCACCAUAAUUUUCAACACUAUUUUAGCACAACUCCAAACAUUUUCAGUCCAACAAGGGAGCACAAUGAACACCAAGAUCAUCGACGGUUUCGAAAUCCCACCGGCUUCAUUACAAUCCAUCCCUUACAUCAUGCUCAUUUUCGUCGUCCCUCUCUACGAAACUGUCCUCGUACCCACCGCUCAAAAAAUCACCGGGAACGACUCUGGGAUCACCCCUUUACAAAGGGUAGGAAUCGGCCUAUUCGUUGCAACAUUCUCGAUGGUAUCAGCUGCCUUGGUGGAGAAGAAAAGAAGGGUAUCGGCUUUACAUCACGAUGAAACCAUGUCCAUCUUUUGGAUUGCACCACAAUUCCUUAUUUUCGGGGUUUCAGAGAUGUUCACAGCAGUGGGACUCAUAGAAUUCUUCUAUAAACAAUCCUUGGAAGGGAUGCAAUCAUUUUUAAUAGCCAUGACCUAUUGCUCCUACUCUUUUGGGUUCUAUCUUAGCUCCAUAUUGGUUUCCCUUGUGAACCAAAUCACAAGGUCUAAAUCCCAUGGAGGGUGGCUAAGUGACAAUGACCUUAAUAAGGAUAGGUUAGACCUUUUUUAUUGGAUGUUAGCUGCUCUUAGCCUCAUUAAUUUCUUCAAUUAUGUGUUUUGUUCCAAGUUUUUCUCUUACAAUCCAUCUUUGUCAAAUGGUGGUCCAUGUCAUGAUGACCCAAAAGCUAGGCAAGGAAGCUUAGAAGAAGUAUAUGAUAUAUGAAAUGUAACAGAGUAUAGUGUUAGUAAUAGUUCUAUAGAAUCAAAUAAGAUUUUGCUUCUACUCAUUAUGUUCUAAAAGUGGUGAGUGUUUUUUUUUUGUAUAAUGAUAAAUUUAGCCUUUAAUGUUUA